CGGUGACACUCGUGUCUUCCCUCGUCGAGCAACUUCAGUGUCCGCGCAGCACGUCUCUCCGUCCGCGUCCUCCUCGCCCGUUUCUCCUGCUUCAGCGCCCAUCGCGGCGGGGGGGUUGGGCCGGAACGCUCGCCCAAAGAAGAGCGCCAUGGCCGGCGCGGGGGUUCAAGGGAUGCCGGAGACGGCCGCCGGACGAGGAGGAGGAGGAGGAGAAGGAGGAGUGAUGCUGAACCGACGGAGGAGCAAAGCCAGGCGGAGGAAGCGAAAGGAGUUGUUCGCCAUCCAGAUGUGCUUCGCGGGGGUGCUGCUGGGGCUCGUCGUAGGGUUCAAGUCCGUGGCACAGAAAGCAGGAUAUACAAUUUCAAGCUCCGUGGGUGAGCAAGGGGAGAGGUGGGAAAGCCGUCACCUCCUGCAGGAGGUCUACGACAACGAGUCGAAUCCCUACGAGCCCACAAAGAACUGCACUGAACCAGCCAUCCACGAGUUCCCGAGAGAUUUCUUCACCCCCAAGGAACGUGCUGAUGGAGCAGUGGGCCUUCACGUCCUUUGUGCGGUCUACAUGUUCUAUGCCCUGGCCUUGGUGUGCGAUGACUAUUUCGUCCCGGCGCUGGAAAAGAUUUGCGAGCGUCUUCAACUGAGUGAGGAUGUCGCAGGAGCAACUUUCAUGGCAGCGGGCAGCUCCGCCCCUGAGCUGUUCACCUCCGUCAUUGGAGUUUUCAUCACAAAAGGGGACGUCGGGGUCGGCACCAUUGUGGGCUCGGCCGUCUUCAACAUCCUCUGCAUCAUUGGAGUGUGUGGGAUAUUUGCUGUACAGACGAUACAUCUCACCCGCUGGCCUCUGCUCAGAGACUCGACAUAUUACACUCUGUCCAUCUCUGCUCUCCUAGUGUUCAUAUAUGACGAAAAAGUGGUCUGGUGGGAAGCUCUGACUUUGAUUCUCAUGUAUUUCGUCUACAUUUUAAUUAUGAAAAUGAACUCUCACAUUGUCCGUUUCCUGGAGAGGCAGAAGAAGAACUCGUCCAGUUUGAGGAACGGAGCGGCUAACAGCGGCGAGCUAGACGACGGCUGUGAUGCUACCGCUGUCCUGUUGAAGAAAGCUAACCACCACAGGAAGCCGUCAGUGCUGAUGGUGGAUGAGCUGCUGUCGGCUUACCCCCACCAGCUGUCCUUCUCCGAGGCCGGCAUGAGGAUCAUGAUCACCAGCCACUUCUCUCCGAGAACCCGCCUCACGAUGGCCUCCCGGAUGCUCAUCACCGAGAGGCAGCGGUUAAUCAACACGCGGACUUUGACCAACGGUGACUCCGAAAUUCCUGUCAAAGGAGGAAGCAGGCGGGGAGUCGAAAACGGGCUGUCCGGAGCCGAGAGGGGCAGCGGUGUUCACCGUGACGACCGGGAGGCGGGCAGUGAGACGGAGAAUGAGGACAAUGAGAACAACGAGAAUGACGAGGAGGAAGAGGAGGAGGAUGGAGGGGGGCCUUUAGUGCCCUUCCAGUGCCCAGCUGGCUGGAGCAACAAGCUGAAGUGGCUGUUGGCCUGGCCUCUGUGCCUGCUGCUGUACUUCACUGUCCCCAACUGCUCCACGCCUCGCUGGGACCAAUACUUCAUGCUGUCAUUUGCCUGCUCCACCCUGUGGAUCGCCGCCUUCUCCUACGUUAUGGUCUGGAUGGUGACAGUGAUAGGCUUCACACUCGGCAUCCCAGACGUCAUCAUGGGGAUCACCUUCCUAGCGGCCGGCACCAGCGUCCCUGAUUGCAUGGCCAGCCUAAUAGUGGCACGACAAGGAAUGGGAGACAUGGCUGUUUCCAACUCUAUUGGCAGCAACGUGUUUGACAUCUUGGUGGGUCUUGGCCUCCCCUGGACCCUGAAGACCCUGGCUAUCAACUACGGCUCCGUGAUCAAACUGAACAGCAAAGGACUGAUUUUCUCCGUGGGGCUCCUGCUCGGGUCUGUGUUUCUGACUGUCCUAGGAGUUCACCUAAACAAGUGGACGUUGGACAAGCGCCUGGGUUUCAUUUGUCUCCUCCUCUACUCGAUCUUCCUGUGUUUCUCCUGCCUCAUCGAGUACAACAUCUUCACCUUUGUUAACCUGCCAACCUGUCGGGAUGAAUGAGGCGCACACAAACACACUGAUAUAAAUACGUCGCAUACACUCUGCAAAAGUGGUGUUUGCAAUGAGUCCCAAGUGAAGCACGGAAUACGGAUGUGGCGGUGUCCAACGAUAGAGUGACAGUCAGAAAGUGUAUUUCUAGAUCCAAUCCGAGUGACAAUCAUUCCCAAAAACCAUUUGACACUGGUCCGAUUCAGUUUCCUGCUGCUCUCCUGUUUUACGAGAAGAGGUCUCACUCUGUUCUUUUUUCCCAGACCCCUGUUUUUCGUCUGUGUGGAGCAGAGAUGGUAAAUGACUUGACUUUACACAAGCCCUCAUAUGGUACAGGGCAGUGGACAACAGCCACAACAACAACAGAAAAAACUACACUUCUCAUGUAAAAACCUUUAUUUUGAAAACCGCCUGUAUGUAGGUGUGAAAGUAUUGUUUACUAGGAGAGACGUGUCUUUUGGCUUCAACUAGCUGAGAGUAAUAAUUAUAAAUUAAAUGAGCAACAAUGUAAUUUUUGGGGAGGCCAUGGGGACAGAUAAUGUUGUUUAAACAAAGUGUCUUUAAGCUUCAAACCGCAACCGUUAUGCAGAGGAGUACAUUUACUCUAUCUUGGAUAAUAGAGAUUUUGUGGUAAUAGAUAUAAAAACUUUCUUGAGUGAUUUUGUAAAGAACACAUUCCAACCAGGGCAUUAUUCAGUCACCUUUGAUGAAUUAACUUCAAUAGCAUCACAGCUGUAGCCUCUAUGUUUUGUACUGGAAAUUAAUUAUUAUAAUUAUGAGAUGUGUUCCCUCGCUCCCCUUCUGUAAAUAGCACACCUGUGUAAAUAUCCCCCAGAUGUCAUAUUUAAAAUUUAUUCGUCUCAUACGCACAUUUUUACUCCAGAGAUGACAGAAAACCCAGGCAGGUGUUAUUUAUGGCUUUGCUUAAAUUCACACCCAAGAUCUUCAUAGACGACCAGUCGUGUAAAACAAGCACAAUUUUCUCUGAAGGUUUUCGUCUCGUUGAUGUGUGUGUUUGUUGAAAAAAAACACAAUUCAAACAUGCACUGAAGAGCUUAAAAUAACGGUUGCUUACCUUUAUUCAUGCUGAUUAUGAGGAUAGCAUCCUUGUAAUAUGAAGCAGGUUUGUAUGAAUUUAUCGGGUUCAGGUCUUAAUAAGGAAGCAAGUGCUUCAGUCACCGUUUGGGGAUUUGUGGAGAGCUGGACAGAAAAUAAGCCCCAGAUUUUUCUCUCUAAUGAAAGUGACUGACCAAUUAAACUUAAAAGUGGUGGCUGAAUCGUUUAUAUUGGUAAGUUGGAGGAGGUCUUAAAAGAUGAAGUAGAGCAGUAGAGUAAAGGUGCAGUAUAAAGCACCAGGACUUUUAUCCCACCCCUAAUACUUUCAGGUUGGUGGUUUCAACUUACUUUGCAUUUUUUAAUGUCUACAUUUGUCCAAAUAGGUUUGUGGUAAAACAAAAAAAAGGUAUAAAUAUUCCUAUAGUUUUUAAGAGCAUGUAAAAUGUGGUUUGUGAAAACCCCAACGAGGAUUUUGUUAUUCCACUGCCGGAGCGAGCCAAAGUCACACUAUUCCUCUGAGACGUCCACCAGGCACGGAGGACAUGGACAUCCAUUCUCACAGCAUCCAUUCACCGUAAAGAGAUCUUUGGUGGGGGUGGAUUUAAGAUAUUUGCUAAAAAAAAAUCAAUUCUGAUUAGUUUCAGGGAUAUUUUUAAUUUAUUGAUCUGUAAUAUGAAAUAUAUUUUAUGUGUUUGGGAUGUAAAAAUAAAUUAUUGUUUUUGGUAUAUAUAUAGUAAAUAUUCAUAUUAAUUUAUUUAUUUCAGAGACACAUGUGGAGUACUCUACGCUGUGACCGGAAAACAGGGUUUAAAUGUUUCGAAAAUUGUACAAUGCAAUACUUAUGGGCAUAUACAAAUUCUGUAAAUAUGCCACUA